AUGGCGAGACAGAGAAAGAACAUACGGGCGGAGGAAGAGCUGGAGUUAGAUGAAGUGGAUGCAUUUGACUCAAAUAGGUCCAAAAUACUCUUGGAAAGAGCUGGUGAGUAUGGAAGGGCGACUAAUGGAGAUGAAGAUGAAGAUGAAGAGGAGGAGGAGGAAGUAAUGAAAAUGGGAGAGGAUGUUGAGGAUCUGGAAGAAGGAGAGGAAGAAGGAGAGGAAGAAGGAGAGGAAGAAGGAGAGGAAGAAGGAGAGGAAGAAGGAGAGGAAGAAGGAGAGGAAGAAGGAGAGGAAGAAGGAGAGGAAGCAGGGAAGGAUGAUGAGUAUGAACAAGGGUGGGGAAAAAGACAAAAUUAUUAUGGUGGAGAUGAUGUCAGUGACGACGAAGAUGCGAAACAGAUGACAGAGGAGGCACUUAGACAGCAAAGAAAACACCUUCAAGAUCUAGAAAUGGAUGACUAUAUAGAUGAAGAAAUUACGGAGGAUUGGCAGAAAAAGGCAGAAACGUUUGACAACAUGGAUAACAAGAUUACUGUGCUAGAUACUGGUGCAUCGAUUGACCAACUCAACGAUGAUGAGCGUUUACUUAUGUUGCGUCAAUCAUUCCCUGAGUUUAUUCCCUUAAUGCGAGAGUUUGAAUCGUUGCAGGUGAAAUUUUCAGAAUUGAAUCAAGCAAAAGAUCAAAAUCAAUGUAUACAGAUCAAAAUAGCUGCUCUAGCUGGAUACUUGGCAUCAAUAUCAUCCUAUUUUGCUCUUUUUGUUGACAACUUACAAGACCAAAAUAACUUUACCUCGAUGAAGGAUCAUCCGGUGAUGGAGUCGAUCCUAAGCUCAAGAGAAGUAUGGAGACAAGCCAAUGAAUUACCUACUAGGAUAAUUGAAAACAAAGUGCAAGAAAAAACAGUUGAUGUUGUUUCAAGUAAUAUUGAUGAAAAUGCUUUUGUGGAUGCGAGGGAGAACCACAGUGACGAUUCUAUGGAAAGAAGCGAAGAAGAGGAAGAAUUGUCAUCAUCAUUAUCGUCAUCUGAAGAAGAAGAAGAAGAAGAAGACGUGAUCAUUGACGUGAAUAAACCAAGGGAAAUAAAACGAGCAAUAAGGCCUGCUCAGAAUGAUUUUGCUGAAGGUGAUAUUGAAGAUGUGGAUAUGGAGGAUAAGAGACGUCGUAAAAAGACAUUGAGGUUUUAUACUGCAAAAAUCGACAAAGCUGCAGCACAAAACACCAAAUCAUUAUCGGGAGAUGCCGAUGUGCCAUACAAGGAAAGAUUCUUUGAAAGACAACAAAGACUUAUUGAAGAAGCACGCAAAAGGGGUCUUGACAAGCGGGAUAUUGCAGAUGCAGAUGACGGUGACAUUGAUGGUGAGUUUGUUGAUGAAGGUGAAGGUGAUUUUGAUGAUGAUGGUGACACAGAUUACUAUAACAAACUAAAAGAAAGGAAACAGACGAAACAAGCCAAUAGGAAACUGGCACAUGUUGCAGCAAUUACAGCAGCACGGGAUGGUAAAUUGAGCGAAUUACAGGAAGAAGUUGGUAAUGAUGGCAAGCGUGCUAUUAACUAUCAAAUUCUCAAGAAUAAAGGUCUCACGCCGCAUCGAAAGAAGGAAUAUAGAAACUCAAGAGUUAAAAAGAGAAAACAGUAUGAGACUGCUAAAAAGAAGCUUAAGUCGGUGAGACAAGUCUAUGAUAGUGAGAAGCAUAGAGGUCCUUAUGAAGGUGAAAAGACUGGUAUUAAAAAGGGAAUCUCAAGAUCGGUAAAAUUGGUUUAG